GAGAAAGAAAAGUGAUUUAGGCGGUUGGCGAGGGGAUGUGUGCGAGGUGCGGAAUAUGCAGAUUCCUGUAAAAGGAAAAGGAUAAUUGAUGUGCACGGUGGUUUAUCGGGUCGUUAAACCCUCUUAUAUUGUAAAACCCUAAUUCACACAUCAUAUGUUAAUGUAUUCUAAGGUACAUUCAUCGAACGGAACUGCUGUCGAAACUGAGCUUCCCGCCACUGCCGCUGUAGAAACAGAGCAGACGGUGGAAGCGCAAGCGGAGCCAGUAGCUGAUCAUUCAACACGUACGGAUUUUGCUCCGGCUACGACGAUACAUGAGAAGGUACAUUCACCAAUGGCUUCUAAGAUACAUCCAGGGAACGGGACCGCAGCCGGAUCCCCUGAAACCGAGAUUCCCGCCACCGCCGUGGAAGUGGCCCCGGAGAAGGAGGUGAAACCAACAGCUGAUCGCCCAGCUCCGGCUGCGGAAACGACAGUUCCUAAGAAGGAAGAUUGCCUGUUUCGUGUUAUAGUGCCCGCGCUUAAAGCUAAGAGUAUAACUGGACGGAAUGGAAAUCUCAUCAAGAAGAUGUGCGAAGAGACUAAAGCUCACAUUAUUGUAUUGGAAGGACCUGUUUGGCAUCCUGACCGCAUUGUCCUAAUAUCUGGCAAGGAAGAAAUAGAGGCACCCUUGUCGCCUGCAAUGGAUGCUGUGAUAAGAGUAUUCAAAGUUGUUAAUGGGUUUCCAGAAAAUGAGAGUGAUGGUUUAGCAUCCAUUCCAUUUUCCUCAAUUCGACUACUGUUAACAUCAAUGCAAGCCACGAGUCUGAUUGGGAAUCAAGGAUCCUCAGUCAAUACAAUACAACAGAACAUAGGUUGUUCUGUUCGUAUCCUACCUAGUGAUGAAGUGUCAACAUUAUCUGCCAACUCAGAUGAUAGAGUUGUCGAUUUAAAGGGAGAAGGUCUCAAGGUUCUGCAAGCUUUAGAAGCUGUUCUCAAACACCUGCGCAUGUUUUUGGUUGAUCAUAGCAUCCCUCCUCUCUUUAUAGCGACCCACAAUGCCACAUCCACACUAGAAAAACAUCAAGUGCUGACUCAGGUUACUCAAAAGAUAGCGAUAUCAAUACGUAAAGUGGUAGAUAUCAUUGGCAUUGGAGGGAUGAAUAUUGCAAAUAUUGGUCUUAGGAGUGGUGCAAUUCUUACAGUUCAGGAGAGAAAAGGUUUACACAAGGAAAUUGCAGUUGUAAUAAAAGGGACCCACUCACAAGUUAAGACUGCUGGACAACUUUUACAUAUUCAGGUCAAGAGUGUAAAGGACCGAGAUAGACCAGCAGUCCUCAACAAGCGGAAUUCUCACCCGCAAGUCGGAAUCACAGCCGCUACUAAAACACCCGUGGAAGUGGAACCACAGAAAGAAGUACCACCAGAGUUGCCUCAAGUACAACCUGCAAGUCACCAAUUGCUGCCACCAGGUACGGAAAGAAACAAAGAAUCAAAACAAACUAUGGUUCGAUGGAAUGUAAACAUAGUUAAAACAUUUCUUGAUGCGUGUAUUCACGAGAUCACCAUCAAUGGCUGGGAAAAUGGUGGUUUAAAAGCAGUGUCAUGGAAGAAAGUCGGGGAGAUGCUCAAAGCUACACAUAACUUUUCUGUUGAUCAUAUACAAAUGAUUAAUUAUUUUUAUGGUCUCAAGAGGAAGUACACAGCAUGGGUAUCACUAAAAAUCAAAACCCCCAACAUUUAUAAUCCGUCCACUAACACGUUUAAUUUGACGGACAAAGAAUGGGAGACUGAAAUCAAGAAAAAUAAAUGCAUAGAAACAUUGAGAAAGGCUCCCCUACGGUUUCCGGAUCUUUGUGCACAACUUUUUGACGGUGCUAUAUCCACGGGCUUUUUUCAAACCGGCCCAUCAGGUGAACCUCAAGCAACGGUACCUGUCAUUCCACCAUCAUCCGGAUCCGAAACAUCACCGCUGUUAGCCGCUACUGAAAUACCACAGGAAGAACCGAUGGUGUGUAGCUCUUUGGCUAAAGUACCAUCAGAGUUGCCUCAAGUACAACCUGCAAGUGAAUCCAAGGCAGUAGAGGUACCACCAGAAUUGCCUCACGUACAACUUGCAAGUGCACUUGAGUCAAUAGAGACUAAAGCUGAGGGACCCGUGGUGCCUGUUUCUACUGGUGAUUCGAAUGUGGUUGAGGAGGCAAUGAAGAUGGAACCCCUGUUGCUGUCACUGCCACCCCAAGUCACUGCCACCCAAUCAGGUGUGGAAAGUAUCAAUGAACCAAAACGAAGUAGGGUUUAUUGGAACAUAAACGUAGUUAAAACAUUUCUUGAUGCAUGUAUUCAUGAGAUCACCAUCAAUGGCCAAGAAAAUGGUAGUUUAAAAGCAAUGUCAUGGAAGAAAGUCGGGGAAAUACUUAAAGCUAGACAUAACUUUUCUGCUGAUAGUAAACAAAUGAAAAACUAUUUUGAUGGCCUCAAGAUCAAGUACAGAGCUUGGCUCAUACUCAAAAGCAAGAUCCACAAUGGUUAUGAUCUGUCCAUCAACAUGUUUAAUCUGACAGACAAUGAAUGGGAGACUGAAAUCAAGAAAAAUAAGUGCAUAGAAGCAUUGAGGGAUGCACCCCUACCGUUUCCAGAUCUUUGUGCACAAGUUUUUGGAUCCAUGGGCAUUGGAAGUCGGGGACUGAGUUUUUCUCAACAUAUACCAGAGACCAACAUCCAAAAGGACACCAUGUCUUUAGCAUCUCCAUCCUCAUCCAUUAUUAUUAAAAACAAACAAAAAGAUUCACAGUUUUCUUCAUCUGGGCUUCCGUGUUUUGGAUUUUAUCCGGAGUUAUCUACAAAAUGUCCUACUGUUCCUUUUGUAACUCAGGCCAAUACUGCAGCUGAUGGGGCUUUUUCAGACCUGACCACACCAUCAUCUUCUUUGCUUGGAUUUGCAUUUGCAUCUUCUUCCAUUCCAUCACCCACUAUUGGUUUCAGUGCAGCAUCGUUGUUUAGUGGAUCUGGUUUGUUUGGAUCCACCUCCACCUCCACCUCCUCCUCUCGUUCUAGUGCUACAAGUUUAUUUGGUUUGCCUUAUACUUUUGGAAGUAGUAGCAUUUUUGGGGCUUCUUCAACUUCACCUUCGAUUUGGAAUGCAACUACUGGGGUUAGUUCGUCUUUUUCUACAAGCUACUUUGGAUUAUCAUCACCAACUACAAUGAAUACUGCUACUAAGACUUUGUCACUCCCUUCAUUUGGUGUAACAAGUUCAUCUAUUGCUACAACUGCUGCUACUGCAUUUGGUGUAACAUCUUUGUCUAUUGCUACAACAUCUUCGCCAUUUUCUGUUCCAUCACCCACUUUUGGUUUCAGCUCUAGUUCUACUUCCAGAGGUGCAACUUUAUUCAGUUCGACUUCUACUUUUGGAACUAGUAGCAAUUUUGGGGCUUCCAUUUCGACCACAUCUACUGUGGUUAGUUGGCCUUUUUCUUCAGGUUUAUUUGGAUCAUCAUCACCAAAUCCCAUUUUUACGGCAGCAACUACAACGAAUACUGCUAGUAAGACUCUGUUAUUCCCAGCAUUUGGAGUAACAUCUUCAUCUAUUACUACAACUGCUACUGGAUCUGUUCCUCAAUUCGCAAACCCUACUACUACUACUACUGGAACAUCAAGUUCCUUUUUGGGGUCUAAAACUGUAGCUGCUACUACACCACAAUCUACAGCUGCUUCAUCUUUGUGUGCUACUGGUACGGAAAGUAACAAGGAAUCAAAACAAAAUAUGGUUUAUUGGAAUGUAAACAUAGUUAAAACAUUUCUUGAUGCAUGCAUUCACGAAAUCACCAUCAACGGUUGGGAUGGUUGUAAUUUAACUUUAAAACCAAUGUCAUGGAAGAAAGUUGGGGAGAUGCUUAAAGCUAGACAUAACUUUUCUGUUGAUACUAAACAAAUGAAUAACUAUUUUGAUGGACUCAAGACCAAGUACAUAGCAUGGGUAUCACUAAGAAACAAGGCUGGCAACAAAUAUGAUCCAUCCACCAACAUGUUUAAUUUGACGGACAAGGAAUGGAAGACUGAAUUGAUGAAAAAUAAGUGCAUAGGAACAUUGAGGGAUGCACCCCUACCUUUUCCAGAUCUUUGUGCACAACUUUUUUACGGUGCUUUAUCUGCGGGUUAUUUUCAAACCGGUGUUGACCAGGUUUUGACUGGACCGGCCUUUCACCCUAAGAAGUGCCACUGUAAGGUUGCUGGAGGCCCAUCAGGUGAAGCAUCCCUUGAACAACAAGUACCUCUCGUUCUGCCAUCAGCCCCACAGAAAGAAGCGAUGGUUGAAGUACCACCAGAAUUGCCUCAAGUACAACCUGCAACUGCGUCUGUGACAAUAGAGACUAAAAGGACAAUGUCAGUUUUUGAAGAAGAAAUAUUGGGUGUCUUGAAGAUGAUAGCUGAAAAGAUGAACAAACCUGAACCACCUUCAAAACCGACAUUUGAAGCUUGUGAAAAGAAGUUGAACCAGCUCGGUUGGCGCAAAGAUGAUCCACUACAUGAAGUUGCAUAUGCAAUUUUUUGUGAGGAAAACGAUAAGUAUAGGGAAUUAUGGAUGAAGUUAGACCCAAAAAGGUGUGCUAAUUGGGUUAGAAUGAUUGGACGUAGUAAAAACUUCCUUUAGUAGUUAAGUUUGAUGGGUUUUAUUUUACGGUAUAGUUUGUUGCUGGGAUUGUAUAAAUGUGAAUAUCAAUUGGUAUAUAUAGCCAUUUUCUUAAAACUUCAAAACAAUACCACUUUAUUAAAUGGAUCCACCAUUUUGGUUGGUAUUUUAGUGA